CUGAGUAAACUUUUCAGCCCAAAGUCAAUAACAAUGUCUGUGUAAAUAAUUUGCAGUUAAAGUACACGGUAUUUUGGUCACCACUGCAUAAAUCGGGGCUUUAGCUGAAGAUUGUUCUGAUAAUGUAUUCUUUUGUGUGUUACAAAUUAUGUCGAUAAACCAAUCAGGGCUCAGAAUACACCUAACGCAAACCCAUUUGCUAACGGUUUGUUCUGAGCUUUGAUGGCCACCGUCAACCCCUCAAGCUCCGCAAAUUCAUUAAAAUAACUUACGCAAUUUAGCUUUGUUUAUUGACUUAUUAAUCGGUUGGUACUCGACUCUGAUUUGCGUAAAAAAAAAAAAAAAAAAUCUUGUCUGGACAAGCCAUGAAGUUUACAGUGUUGCACUUUUCCAACAAGGAAAAAACUUCUUGAAAGCCUCUACUAACAAUAAAACAUUUGACUGAUUUUUAAAACAUGCUGUAAAAUACGAGAUCAGCGUUUGUUUGCACCUCUAUUAAAUUCUGUUCUUAGCAUAUUAAUAAGCGGUGCACACGACAAACCAGCCGCGCUACACAAGAAGAACCGUACAGUGCAUAGAAUACCAUCUUGCAUUGUAUUUUUCGAAAUAAAAACAAUAAAGCACCACACUAACCGUCUGUAGACAGGAAUAAUGUUACAUCCAGUUCUUCGCUUUGUGUUCGAUGCCAUGGAGCAGUUUUCCCAGAGUUCGGAAUUUCCAGAUUUUGUCCAACAGCUUCCUCAUUUUUUAGCCCUGGUCUCUCUUCUGCUGGGGGGUGUGGUUUUCUUUGUUAUUGUUUUGCUCAAGAAAAGAGGCCAGCGUGGUACCGCGCCCACCUUUCCCGUUGAUUACAGCACAGACCUUUCAAUUGAAGAAAUGGUACAGAACAAAUACUUUGCUGAAAUUAACGGAAAGAGGAGACACCGGGAUGAACUGACAAAGAAAAAAAGACAAGACAAGGGGAUGGAAUCAGUGAAUGGACAGCCCCCCAUUGCUCCAGAAACCAGAGCAUCAAGGGAGGACAUCACACAGAGCACCACUGUUGUUGACAAGAAGCAAGGGAAGAAAAAGAAGAGAAAGACGGAGCUUGUGGCAGAAAGGCUUUCAAAGGGACACGCUUCUGACAAAGAGAAGAAUGACGAAGAAGAGGCGGGUGUGUGGGUUACAAAAAUCAGCAGUCGAGAGAAGAGACAGCUGAAGAAGGAGCGCAUGAAACAGAAGGAUACUGCAAAAGCUGUAUCCCCUGAGGCCCUAGCUUGCAACAUAGCGAUCCUGUCGGAUGAUGAUGCUGGUAAAGAAACUGAAUGGCAGGCCUCAUCUCAGAGUGUGGACCCUGACACUGGGGGUUGGGGGGAGGCUGAUGGCAAGGUGCAAGGCCUCGUAUGGAAGGAAUUGAAGCCCUGGGAAGCUGUGCAGACAAGCCGGAGACCAGUGGAAUGGGCGCCACCAGGAGUGCCAGAAGAGGAUAUUUUUUCCCAUGUAGGAACAUGGAAUGUGAAAGAUGCGAAGAUGGAGCCUGUGACUUUUGGGACUCUGUCUGACUUUUCCUCUGAAUUAGAUAGUCCAGACAGUAUCUCAUCACAACAAACUAGUCCGUCCCACUGCCUGUGGAGUGCUAAGCUACCCAACUUCAGAGUGGAUGAAGCUUGGCUUGGAUUAGUGGAUCCUUUUGUCAUCGACCAAAACUCUGAUUGGAGCCCUCCUGCUGAGGAGUGGGGUAACUGGACAGGAGAGUCCAUCUCGCUGGCUCAACCGCAGACAGCUAACGAGAAGCAGCAGGUGCAAGGGUCUGGAAGAGCACAGAAAGAGAACCUGAAGGGAGGUGUUUCAGUGAACCCAUCUCAGUGGGCAGCAGGAGGUUCUCCAGGAAACACACACAUGGAGUACAAGAGCUUAGCUGGAUCUGUGUCUGCUGACAGUCAAGACACCAAGAAGGAAAGAAAGAAGAAAAAGAAAACAAAGAAAGAAACCUGAUAUAGUUUUCCAGCACAGCGCAAGGGAUCAAAGUCAGUGUGUGGUUGCUAAAUUAUCUGCAAUGGCUCUGCUUAAAAAAGUGCUGCACUUUGCCCAGCCCAACACGCAGGACGCCAUAGACACACUUGAAAGUGAGAGAGUGUAAGGAAGUAAAGAUCAGACUGGCGCUUCUAGGUGUGAAGAUACAACUGCUCAGAGCUUAUUAACUCAAGAGAUUCAGCUGGGAUUUUGUUUUCUAAUAAACUGGUUCAAAGGUAACAGUAGUGUCUUCCUGUAUUGUAGGAGUCACCAUGUUUGUCAUGAUAGUAAAACCUUUGUGUUUAUGUUAAAGUGGAGUUACUGUAAGUAACCAGAUACAUUUGUCCCAUUUUGUCAUAGUGAGAAAUAUGUUAAAAGCAAAGAAAUACAUUUCAGAAUAUUUGUUUUCAUGUCCAUUUUCAUGGCAGCAGAUUGCCCUGUUUCAAUAAUAGCUUGUUUGUUUAGUUGAUUUUUAUCAUCUGUUUCACCUCUUCCAUUAGUUACUGUAUUAAUGUGUGUUUAUAGGGAUCUUAAUUAAUAAUUAGUUCAUCAGGAAAAACACCACUGCAACUUUUCUAUUUUUGUAGUAUAGUCUGCCAUUGAUUUUAUAUCAUUAAAAUGCACUCCCUUCUGUUUGUUUAAGAUAUGCAUGGCAAUGAUGGGAAACAGUAUGCCUGUUCUUUCAUGGAAAAAAUUGUGUAAUAGUGUAAAGAUCUUUGUGGUUUUUUUUUUCUCCGCAUUUUUGAUAUUUAAUACAGUCCCUAUUAAAUCAGUUUAAAUAUGACCUUUGUUCAAAUACGUACUGCAGCUUUUUAUUCUGUUGAAGAAAUUAAUUCUCUUUUAGUUUCCAAAGAUAGCUUUUCAGUGUGAUGUGUGAAAUAUAAAUGAGGCGAAUCCCUCGUUUAUCACUGCUCUUUUGUAAUCUCUAUACUGAGAGUAACUGUUUGUUAAAUUGUUUGGGAGGACAGAUUCACUACCCCUCAAAUUUAAGGAAAAAAAAAAACAGUUGCUAUGCGAUCAUGCUACUAAUACAGUAUGGAAGCUUACCAUAAAAAAAUUAAAAAUGCAUCUUUCUCAGAAUUCUGACUUAAAGUCUCCCACGCACCAGACGUGAUGCAAUUUUUUUAAAUUGGUGGUGAGACACUUUUACACCGACAUGAUCAUCCACACCACAAGCGACACAGCAGCGAUGAGACAAGUUUAAAAACUGACAGAUCUAUACAACUGUUUGAAAUUGCUAUUGACAAAACUAUUAUCAAGACUGGUGCAUAUUCGUCAACAUGAUGUAGAAAUUACGAGUGUCUUCUCCGAUGGUAUUUCAAAUCAUACACACCAGGCUUAUACAGUUCCUUCGAAAUGGACUCCAAUGUAGUAUCUUUCAAAUCUGUUUGUUUAUAAUUGUGAUGCCGUUUGUCAUAAAGCUCUGGGUAUUUUUCAACGGCAAGUAUUAUUGUUUCCUCUGUCAUUUUGGAUACUGCUUCACCCAGCUGGACCACGUGCUCAAUGCCCUAGUAGUUGACAAGCAUCAAUUUGCAAAAAAAAAAUGAUUCAAUCCUAUUUAUUUCACGUCUGGUGGGUAGCUUCCUUUAGUAAGAAAUGUACCAGUAAUACCUUCACUGUUUUGUUUUCAAACACAUGCUCCCUUGAGAAAAUAUACCAAACUAAAUGACCAGUUGUUUGGGAAAC